UUGGGCGCAAAUAAUGAAAAACAAAACAAACAAUUGAAUUGAAUGACAAUAAUUGCAACACAUUUUGCAAUCACAACAACAAAAACAUUGCUAUUGACUGUCAGUCUCUCUCUGUAAUUGUCGGAUCAAUUGUCGGAUGUGAUUGUGUGGACAAUAAGUGGUGACAACAAAAUGAAAUGCAAAAUAGUUGGCCAAAAUCUCAGAGUCUUCUCCAAAGCCGUCCGUCUCUUCUGUCGUCUAUCGGAUGAAGUGCUCAUCUGUGUGGACACAAAUUCAAUGAGACUUCAGUGCAUCAAUAGUCUGAAGACUGGUUUCAUUGAAUUACAUUUCGAGAGAUCAUUCUUCGCCACAUUUGAGUCCAAUUGCGAAACCAAAUGCAAACUAUUUCUCAAAUCAAUGAUGUUGGUCUUCCGUGUCGUCAAUAUAGACAAAAGCGUCGACAGCUGUACUAUAAUAAUGGAUGAGUCGAUGCCAAGAGUAGUAUUUGAGAUGAAGUGUCCAAAUGCCAUCACUCGUGAAUACUUUGUGCCAUACAUGGAGUCUACGGUUUUGCACUACAAUUCACGAAUAGCAACACCUGAUCCCACAUUCAAAGUACAAUCCAAACAAUUAUCUGAAUGUUUGCACAACUUUUCCAACGAUACCAAAGACAUAACACUGUGGUUGACAUCACAACAGAUCUUAUUCAAGAAUUAUUACGACGACGUCGAUGAGCACAGUUUAAUGACAUCAUUUGCCUACAGUGCCCGAGAGUUUCAUAACUAUAAUUUUAUCGAAGAAAUUACCGUCACUUUUGAUGUCAAAGAUCUGAAGGCAUUCAUUGAAUUUACAUUAUUUCGCGACCAACGUAUCGAUUGUUACUUUGAGGCGACCGGAAAACCAAUUGAAUUCCGUACGCAUUCUGAUAACUACUUUUCGGCAAAACUAAUACUGGCCACACACGACUUUCCCGAAAGCCAAUGUCCUAACCCGCCAACACCGGCACUGAAUCAGACAUCAAAUCAAAGUUUUAAUUUAAGUUUGUCCAAUCGGAACAAUAAUCAGUCGACAACAGUUGUUGGCAACAAUACAAACACUAUCGCUAGUCAUCAAACAGCAACUGAUAGUAACGAUCAUAAUAAUAGUGAAACAAUCAAUAGUAAUAGUGGUGUCAAUAAUGAUCAACAAAUUAUAAACACUGGUGAUGAUGAUGAUGACGAUGAAAACGGAUUUGAUGAAAAUGAUGACGAUGUUAUUGAACAAUUGAUUAGCCAAUUGGAAUCGGUUACCCAAUCGGGUGAAGCAUUUAACUUAUCGGGUGACGCACUUCGACAGUAUCAUAAAAGUGUAAUCCAUCCACAACUCGAUGACGACGAGUGCACUCAAUCGACAACUCAAUGGGAUGUCUUAGUUUCAGAAUCAGAAGAUGAAUGUUAA